AUGACUAGAGAAGGAAAAGUUGCCGUCAUCACAGGCACCAAUUCCAAUUUGGGCUUGAACAUUGCCUACAGGUUGCUCAGCGAGAUCGAUAGUUCCACGAACAUUACCAUUGUGGUGACUUCUAGAACACUUCCAAGAGUCAAGGAGGUAAUCACAGCCAUCAGAGAUUUCUGCCGAGAGAAGUUGCCGCAGCGUACCGGAUGGUUAGAAUUCGACUACCUUUUGGUUGAUUUCACCGACAACGUCUCUAUUCUCAAUGCUGGUGAAGAAUUACGAAAGAAGUUCCUACACAUCGACUAUUUGUUCAUCAAUGCAGCUCAAGGUUGUUAUGAUGGAAUCGAUUGGAUCAAGGCUUGCAAGUGUAUUUGCACCAACCUUUUGGAUGCCGUUACAUAUCCCACUUACAAAAUCCAAGCAGUCGGCAGACAGUCCAAGGAUGGACUUGGUCUUGUCUUCCAUGGGAAUGUUUUUGGGCCAUAUUACUUCAUCCACAGGAUCAAGUCUUUGCUCAGUGGCGGCGGUAGAAUAAUCUGGAUUUCUUCUGUCAUGUCCAAGUCCAAAUACUUGUCGUUUGAUGACCUAGACCUUUUGAAAUCGCCUGAGCCUUACGAGGGCUCAAAGAGAUUGGUAGAUUUGCUUCAUACUGGAACUUACAAAAGCUUGAGGGCCCAAGAUGAUAUUUUCUCGUACGUGGUUCAUCCAGGAAUUUUCACAAGCUUCUCUUUUUUCCAGUAUCUCAACUUCUUGACUUACUACGGCAUGUUGAUCCUAUUCUACAUUGCAAGAUUUCUGGGCUCAGUUAUACAUAACAUUUCUGGUUACACUGCAGCAAAUGCUCCUGUCGCUGCAGCAUUGCAAGAUCUCGCUCAAGACAAAAAGCAUGCAUCGUUGAGCGAUCGCUCUGGACAUGGAUAUUUGGGAGUUUCCGAUAUAGAUCCAUCAGGUUGCGAGGAUGUGGUGGCGUACUUGGACAAGCUAGUCGAAGAGUGGGAUGAGGCUCUUAAGAACCAAAUAGCACCCACUAGAAAGAUUUAA